CCGACCAGGGCGCCGACCCUUCCCUCCCGAAGUCUCGGCUGCUCCGACGACCUGAUACCGCAAUUACGGACCCACUUCUCCUCUCCUGCAACGCGUCCAUGUGUUCUCCCAGCCCGAGGGAGACUGUCCAGGUAACGACCAGACAGCUGGCGUAAGGCAGCUGGCCCCGGCCCCAGCUACCACCUACGGCUUGCCCACGGCCCAUGUCGAUUCAAUUCGAGCUUUUUCAGAAAGUCCCACGCGAGCUAUCAGCCAGUGGGCACCGACGCCAGCCGUGGUUGGUGAUGGAGGCCAACAUGGAGGCGGCGCAGCACCACCGUGGCCCAACGGCGUGGGCGUCAGCGGCUGCGGCCGCUCAGACGCCCGUCGUGGAGCAAGUAACGAUCCAGAAACCAGCAGACCGUGGACCAGGCGACCAGGUGUCCAGGUCCAUGAGCUACGUUCUCGAAGUCUGCCACCAGACGCUGCAGUCAACGGGCGAGAAGCACGAGGACCGCAUCAAGUACAACCAGCAGGUACUCUACGGCUCCUACAAGCAGCUGGACCGCAUCACCAUUAGCCUGGCGAGGGUCAUGUCCAGCAAGAGCUGCGACCAGUACGACGAGAUGGAGAGAGCCCAGCCGUCGAGCUCCUGAAGUUGCAGCAGGCAGAGAUUUCGUCGGCCAUCGAGAACUGCCGCAACGUCGACGGGGUCUUGAGCAGCCAGAGCGGAUUGGUCGAAGGCCCGCACCCGGGAGAGCACGACUACACCAGUCUCCAAGCCGACGAGUUUGAGGGAAAAUGCGCUACAUGGACGGAGUCCGAGCAUGGCUGGGGCUACGACGUGGUCGCCACAGCGGAGCAGGGCCACGCCGACACAAGGGGAACCAGCAAAACCAGCGCCUGAAGUGCACGAGCCCAAGCCCUGCCAUCCAGGGCUGGAUCCCAUACGUCAAGGUCCAGGCGGCCGCUCGGCUGCAACCGCCGCCGCCGCCUGGCCUGCCAGUCGAGCCGAGCGCCAGUGGGGACAUCCGCCUCCGCGACGCCAAUGUGGCCAGGGGCAGGGUGGUGUCUCGGCAGCGUGUCGCGAGUGAAGCAGCAGCAGCAGCAGCGUCUCCUUUCUUUUUCUUGAGCGAGGCCCCAGUCAGAGAGGGGUCGAACGCAUGGUAUCCAUCUGCCAACGAGGCUCCUAGCCACGUUGCGCGUUUAACCGUGUCCGAGAAAAAGGGUGCCUCCUUGGCGCCGGGGCGGCCGCCUCUUUUCUUGUGCCGUGAGCAGCGAGAUGAGUGCGGG